AUGCCCCUGUGCGGGCUGCGCAUCGAGGUCGGGCCCCUCUCGUUCUUCAACCCGAACACCACCACCUGCAAGUCUCUGAUGGAGAAGGCGGUGGAGUACCUGAGCCUCCAGAAGACCGACGUCCUCCUGGACAUAUUCUCCGGAGUCGGCACGAUCGGUCUCUGCGCAGCCGCGCACUGCGCCAGGGUCAUCGGUGUCGAGAUUGUUGAGGAGGCGGUGGAGAAUGCGAGGGCAAACGCCGCCUUGAACGGCAUCGACAACGCCGAGUUUCACGUCGGGAAGGCCGAGGACCUGGUCCCCAAGAUAGUGGGCGACCUCGACCCGGAGCUCGAUGUGUGCGCGGUGGUGGACCCGUCCAGGGCUGGCCUGCACCCCAGGGUCGUCAACGCAUUGCGGAGUCGGCGGCAGGUCUCGCGCAUAGUCUACAUCAGCUGCAACCCAGAGAGCCUCGCAGAGGACGUUGCGAAGAUGGGCGUGUCCACCGAUGGAGAGGAGGAUGAUCUCGUUCCCGUGUCCGCCGUGGCGGUGGACUCGUUCCCGCAGACCUUGCACGUGGAGAUGAUCCUCAAACAG